AAAACCAAUACCAUAGUAAUAAUAUUUUCCUUCUGUUGUGCACUACACUAAAAAACCAUGACAGUAGCAAAUGAAAAACCAAAAAUUCUCAUGGUGUCUGCGGCCUUUCAAGGCCACAUAAACCCGAUGUUAAAGGUUGCUAACCGACUCAUUUCAAACGGUUUUCAUGUCACCUUUGCCAUAACAGAAAACUGUCGCGACAACAUACUCAAAAACAUCCCUAACUCAAACUCUAGUUCAGGACUCGUACUCGAUUUCUUUUCUGACGGUCUAAGUCUUGACUUUGACCGCUCUGAUGUAAAAACCUUAAUCGAAACCCUCCAAGAAAAGGGUCCAAUUAACCUUUCAAAUCUCAUCAAAAACCACACUAAAAAUCAAAACUUUUCAUGUGCCAUUGUCACCCCUUUUGUUCCUUGGGCUAUUGAUACUGUUGCCCAACAUGAAAUCCCUUGUGCAAUGCUUUGGAUACAAGCUUCAGCUUUGUAUUCAAUUUACUAUCAUUACUUCAAAAACAAUGACAUUUUUCCAAGUUUGGAGGAUCCUAAUGAGACGGUCCAAUUACCUGGUUUACCUAUCUUAGAGGUUAGAGAUCUUCCUACUUUCAUUCUCCCUUCUUAUCCUCUUCAUUUCAAGGAAGUUGUGGAAAAUUCAUUCAAAGAUUUGGAGAAAGUGAAAUGGAUUUUAGGUGCUUCAUUUUUUGAGAUUGAAAAAGAGAUAGUGGAAUCAAUGGAUUCACUAACUCCAAUUUAUCCAAUUGGACCAUUGGUAUCACCUUUUCUUUUAGGUGAAAAAGACACAAAUGAUUUAAGUCUUGAUAUGUGGAAUGCUGAAGAUUCAUGCAUAGAUUGGCUUGAUAACAGACCAAAUUCAUCAGUUAUUUAUAUAUCAUUUGGUAGCAUAAUUGUUUUUUCAGAAAAACAAAUGGAAAAUAUAAUUAUAGCUUUGAAGAAUAGCAACAAAGAUUUUUUGUGGGUUUUCAAGCCAGCAAAUAAUGGAGGAAGUGAGAAAGAGGAUUCUACUUUGGAAUUGCUAAAUGAGUUUAAGAAAGAAAGUGAAGGAAAAGGUAUAGUUGUGAAAUGGUGUCCACAAGAGAAGGUGUUAAUGCACCCUGCAGUUGCUUGUUUCAUAAGUCACUGUGGUUGGAAUUCAACACUUGAGACAGUUGUAGCUGGUGUCCCUGUUAUUGGUUGGCCUACUUGGACUGAUCAACCAACAAAUGCUACACUUAUUGAGAAUGUGUUUAAGAAUGGAGUGAAAGUGAGUUAUGGAGAAGAUGGUGUUGCAAGUGCUGAAGAAAUUGAGAGGUGCAUUUGGGAGGUUAUGGAUGGACCAAAUGCUAGUGAGAUUAAGCAGAGGGCUGUGGAAAUUAAGGAGUCAGCAAGAAAUGCUUUGAAGGAAGGUGGUAGUUCUAGUAACAAUUUUAAUAAGUUUAUUGGUGAUUUGUUGGCUAAGAAUUAAUGAUUUUCUGAUGACAUUUGCUUAAAUUUAUGGUCAGAAAAUUGUUUAGA